AAAAAAAAAUUAAAAAUUUAGAAAAAGAUGCAAGUUUUACUGUUUUUUAGUUUUUAAUUUUAUUUUUUUGUUUCGAGUGAAAACCCCUCGCAAACCCAAAAACUGGGAUCGAAAGAUAAUUCGGAAAAGAAAAUGCCAUCGUCCCCGUACAUCGAGUCCCUAGUACUCAAUCUCCACGAGAUCUCCGCUGUGAAGUUCGGCGACUUCAAGCUCAAGUCCGGCAUUUCCUCCCCCGUCUACAUCGACCUCCACCUCAUCGUCUCCUACCCAGUCCUUCUCUCCCAAAUCUCCCAAACCCUCAUCUCCUCCCUCCCUCCCUCCACCAGCUACGAUGUCGUCUGCGGCGUCCCCUAUACCGCCCUCCCUAUCGCCACCUACGUCUCAGUCUCCCGUUGUGCCUCCAUGCUCAUGCGCCUCAAGGAGGUCAAGGACUACGGCACCGCCCAGUCCAUCGAGGGCGUCUUCGCCAAGGACCAGACCUGCCUCAUCAUCGAGGGCCUCGUCAUCAGUGGCACCUCCGUGCUCCACACCGCCGAGCCCAUACGCGCUGCCGGGCUGAAAGUCCAUGAUGCCGUUAUUUUGAUCGAUCGGGCAGGCGGGAGGGAGAAUCUGGAGGAUAAGGGGAUUAAGCUCCACAUGAUGAUUAAGCUGACGGAGAUGGUGAGGAUCCUGAGGGAGAAGGGGAAGUUGGAGAGAGUGGUCCUGAAGUUCUUGGAGGAGAAUAAGAUGGUGGCGGUGCCGAAGUCGGUUGCCACUAGGGAUUUGGGGUGGAGGAGGGCAAAGCUAGCCAAGAAUCCCACAGGGAAGAGGCUGUUCGAAUUGAUGGUGGAGAAGGAGAGCAAUCUAUGUCUGGCUGCUGACGUUGGGACCGCCAAGGAGUCGCUGGACUUGGCCGAGAAGCAUUUCUCCCUUCAGAUGAGAUUAGGGCUUCAGAGUAAGAAGAUAGCAACCAGCUCUUCUCCUGCAGCACUCACCUUCGGCAGCCACGUUCGGCCGUUCUCUUGGUUUUAAAAUUUCUAGGUCAAAGCUGCAGAACUCACCUUCGGCAGCCACGGAACAGAUUCGACACUCACCUUCGGCAGCCACGGAACAGAUUCGACACUCACUUUCGGCAACCACGAAGAGAGAAUUAAUAUAAGAAUAUGUCAUCAUCCACAACGACGUCCUCUACCUCUUUUGGCAAACGAACUCCGGGCCAUCCAUUAUGCUUUUGUGAGAUUGAAGCCCAAAUGAGAUACUCAAAUACAAAAAAAAAUCCAGGCCGAGCCUUCCUAAGUUGUGCAAAGUACAACAAAGAGGGAAUUCCAUAUUGUAAGUAUUUCAAGUGGGUAGAGGAUGAUGAAUACAUGGCAUUGGAUCGUGAAGAAACUCACAAUGAAGUAUUAAGUAAGGAGAAAGAGCUGAAGAAACUAAUCAACGACUUUGAAAACCUCAUUAUUGAGUUGCGUAGAAGAGCAGAUGAGAUAAAUUCAGUACUGUCCAAUAGAAAUGAGGAGUUACUGAGGGAGUUGGUUGCUGUUGUACGUGAAGCUGAAAUAAGACGUUCACGCACAUUACUCCGUGUGUUUUGGACUUUUGCUUUUGUUGUAGCAUAUUACUUGAUAGUACAUAGGUGAAUUUCAUAUCAUAUUAGUGUUAGAAACCUCUUUUGGCUGCUGUGGUUAUGUAAUGUUAUUUACUACUUAGUUUUAAUUUUCAACCAUGUAACUAGCAGCUACCUAACAGGACUGGAACCAUUGUAAUUUUCUCAUUUUGUAUUGUAUUUCCCGUUUCUGAA